GGUUCAGAAGCGUGACUCGUUCUGCAGUUCUGGGGAUCGAUAAGCGCACGUUUUCGAUCGGCGUCAGUAGUGUAUGUGUGCAUGUCUCAUUCUUCGCAAGAACGCCGGGAAGUGGUCAAUGCGUUAUCGUUUUAAGUGAGAGAAACUGGUCGUUUUUGCAUUCCAAUUUGGUCAUCAGAGGGAGUUAACUGGUCGUAGAACGAGGUGGUAAGGUGGUGUGUGAAAAAGAAGAGACAGAAUAACGUGCGAGCGGAAGUGUGACCCGGUCAAGACGUGCCGCUGAAGUUAUUAGACUAAUCUCACGUGAAAGUAAUAACAGAAGUCUGGUGUGAAAAUUUAUUGGAGAAAAAUCACGCUGCAAUCAUCGGUGUAGGGGCUAUGGUUAGUGAGGCGGAAAAUCAACUCGCUGAGAAGGAUGCGGACGGAGAUGCGGCUACCGAAACUGGCGGUGGGAACAAGAUUGUUCUGAAACGGAAGAUUACUCUGAUCAAUGGGAUAACGAUCAUCGUCGGGACGAUCAUUGGAUCGGGGAUCUUCGUUUCACCUGCCGGUGUUUUCCUGUACACCAAAUCCGUCGGAGCAUCGCUGGUUAUCUGGACACUGAGCGGAAUCCUGUCGACGGUGGGAGCCCUGUGCUAUGCCGAGCUCGGUACCUGCAUCACCCGAUCCGGGGGCGACUACGCAUAUCUACUUGUUGCCUUCGGACCACUUGUUGGCUUUCUGCGGCUCUGGAUGGCACUGCUCAUCAUCCGGCCCACCACCCAGGCCAUCGUAGCGUUGACCUUCGCACAGUACGCGGUGAAGCCGUUCUUUCCCGACUGCGAGCCGCCGGACAACGCAGUUCGACUGCUAGCCGCCGUUUGUCUGUGCUUCCUGACCAGCAUCAACUGCAUCUCGACCAAGUGGGCCAUGAAGAUACAGGAUGUGUUCACGCUGGCUAAACUGACAGCCCUGAUUUCCAUCAUCCUGGCCGGAAUUUGGUUCAUGAGCACGGAGAAAUCGGAAAAUUUUGAUAACGCCUGGGAGGGGGAUUAUGCCCUGUCCAGCCUGGCGUACGCGUUCUAUUCGGGCCUGUUCGCCUUUGGCGGGUGGAACUAUCUGAACUUUGUCACCGAGGAGCUAGAGAACCCGUACAAGAACCUCCCGCGCGCCAUCUGGAUCGCAAUGCCCAUGGUUACCGGCAUCUACGUAUUCGUCAACAUGGCCUACUUCGCCGUCGUUCCACGGCACGACAUGCUCGCAUCGAUCGCAGUGGCGGUAAACUUUGGCUACCGAAUGUUCGGUGCCGUAGCCUGGUUGGUACCGAUCUUCGUUGCGCUUAGCUGCUUCGGUGGUGUCAACGGUAUUCUGUUCACCUCGGCUCGAUUGUUUUCGACGGGUGCGCAAGAGGGACACCUUCCCGCCUGGUUCUCGCUGGUACACGUGAGACGUCAGACCCCGAUACCGGCGUUAAUUUUCACCUGCGCCACUUCAAUCCUAACACUGUUCUGUGCCGAUGUGGUUGCUCUCAUCAACUACUUCAGCCAGAUUCUGUGGCUCUCCGUGGCUGCCUGUGUAGCCGGCCUACUGUGGUUACGAGUGACCAAACCCAACAUGCCACGUCCGAUUCGCGUAAACCUAGCGCUUCCGAUCAUCUUCCUAACGUGCUGUCUGGUACUGGUCCUGUUACCGUCAUUCACCGAACCGCUGAACCUGCUGAUCGGUCUCGGAAUCACUCUAUCCGGCGUACCAGUGUACUACGUCUGCGUGGUUUGGAACAGCAGUAAACGAUCACGGAAUCGUCCGAUGGCUUGGGUUGAACGGGGUUGUCAGAUACUGUUCAAUGCGGCCUUUGUGGGCUGUCAUCACGAUCGAAAGAAUGACCGGGAAAUGUCCGACAUGCAGACUAGUAUCGUGGACGAGAAGAAUGUGUACAACUGAAGAGAAAGCGCAGGGCAUUUUUGAGGAAUUGCAUUUCCCGAUUCUCAUUUCGUUUAUUAGAAUUUAGUUAGUUUUUACACCGAUAGCAUUUAUACUAGAAGCAUUCAUCGCAUGGCGGCUCAGAUUUGAUACUUUAUUAGUGCUUUAGAUUUCUUUAUUUUUUGCUGAAACAAUAUAGGGAUCUAUUGCCCAAAUAUACACAAAAAAGAUUAUAAAUCGGCAAAAGGCACAAAUCGCCAGAAGAAAGUUAUUCAACUGUAUACCAUAUUGAAUAUCAAUGUGAGAUAUGAGAACCAAUGUACACAAGACUUAUAAUAACUCUCAUAAACAAUAAAGAUAUACUUGUAGGUAUCAGUGUACUUAAAAAUGAAUCAAA